AGAACCUCCGAGCACGACGAAUCAGCGUCCGUCUCGGACGAAGCCGCCGUUCGCGAUCCCGAUCGCAAAGAUCACUCAGUCUUCGGCCGGCUACCGACAGGUCGGCGUCGAAACGCUUAGCACCCCGAUCGAGAAACAUCUCACAAAGUAUACACGUCAAAAACCGAAUUCGACGUCGUCUCCGAAAAACGCGACUCGCGAAUAACUUUUUCUUUAGUGAUACUCGUUUGGCGAAGAAGUGAUAUGUGACGAUUUAAAUAUAAAAUUAAAUAUUUUUAAGAAUUAAGAGCAGUGUCGAUAAGGUCUUCGCCGACGUCGCACGUGAAAGUCAAAACCACCCGAAGAAUAUGAACAAGAACGACAGUGCCUUAUUUGCUGAUUACUACUUAUACAAGUUCUCUACAUGUUGUUGAUGUUGUUGUCGUUUAAUUUAAACGAUUUAUAACAAAAUUUUUAAUAGGAAUUAAGAUACUACAGCAACCGUCCAAAUACGUACAAGUAAGCGAAUCGAAGAAUAAUUAUCGUCAGUAUCCCUUAGGAUAAAAUUCGGGAUCCGCGGCCCUCAGCCGCCUCUCGCAAAUGACGAUGGCCGAGACUGCAGUUGAAACCACGACGCACGACGUUAAACCGCACAACAAUAACCACCCUUUCGUUGCGAAUCAUAACCAUCCAAUAGCCGGGAAACAAAGAAAACGAAAGAGGUUGAGUCAAGUCUUAGAUAAAUUAGCUGGUGCACAUUCUUCGAGUACUCCUUCGACACCUAUAAUUAACAAUAAUAUUCAACAAGUCAAUAAUAAUAUUAAAGAAGAAGAUGGUCACGCUAUAAAAACGCCUAAACAUAUGUCGGAAGUAUUUCGAUUUGAUACUUCCGAAAGAUAUCAACAAGCCAGUGAAGACGAGGAUGUCUUUAGUCCUGCCAGUUCGAGUAAUAAAUCUCCACAUAGUUCGAGUGAUUCACCCAGAAUCAGUUUUAGUCCUCUGAGGCUAAAAGAGGACGACGCCAGUUCUAGUCCUCCAUUAUCUAGGCCUUGUCCUUGUUAUUCCUGUGUUACUGGAAUGGGUCAUCAUCCACCUGCUAUGCAUCCUUACGAUCGAUUUUUCCCCGCAAGUCCUGUUUCUCCAUUAAUGUCAGCCUCACCCGUACCCGCACCUUAUAGUUUUGAACAUUACCUACACUCCAAGUACCUGCCCGAUAUUUUUCGAAGAAGAAGUCACUCAGAUUCCGACCUCCCGUUAUGGUUCGAAGCUGCGAAGGCGGAAAGAGCGAAAGCUUCUCUUGGUUGGCCACAUCCACUUACAGUCAGUACAGGUAUUGGAAAAGGAUCUUUGGAUUCCGAAACAUCCUCGCCACAAGAUUCUCCGUUAGAUCUUUCGAUGAAACGAGAAAAAGUUUCGAGUAUGGAGUGUUUAGUGCCACCACCUCUUCAAUUAUUACCCACUGGGUUUCUUCCACCACGUGGCACCGUUUCCGUUCCCGUUGUUAAAGGAGAUGUCGCAUCACCAACAACAAAAGAAUCGGUAGCUUCGCGGUAUAAUUUAGAAGUUAGUCCGGUUGUUGAAGAAAUGCCUCCCGGGUCCGAUGUCGCAUACGUUUGUCCAGUUUGUGGUCAAAUGUUUAGUUUACAUGACCGUCUAGCAAAACAUAUGGCUUCGAGGCACAAAAGUAGACAGAACAGCAACGAUUCAACCGCGAAAGCUUAUCUGUGCGAAGUUUGUAAGAGGUCGUUUGCGCGUAGUGACAUGUUAACGCGACACAUGCGCCUACAUACGGGUGUCAAACCAUACACAUGUAGAGUGUGCGGUCAAGUGUUUUCGAGGUCGGACCAUCUUUCGACUCAUCAACGAACGCAUACCGGAGAGAAACCUUACAAGUGUCCACAAUGUCCGUACGCGGCAUGUCGUAGGGACAUGAUUACACGACACAUGCGUACGCAUGCACGGUACGAAACCGAACAGGUUACAAUUAAAACAGAACAGCAUUAAAAACGUAACAGAAUAUUAAUGAAGAAAAUAGGAGGAGGAGGUGGAACAAAAAAAAAUUCACGGUUGUGAGAGCGGUGAUUCUACUUAUUUAUUUUUAUUUUUGUUUAUUGUUUACAAGAACGGAAUUAAUCAACGUCGACAAUACCUGUUGGAAGUCAAUUCGUGUGUUAAGUAUCUUAUUGUCUCCUUCGCCCGAUCUCAUAUCAUUCCAGUGUGUGGUUUCACGUCUGUUGUACAGUGUGCCAAACGAUGACCCGUCCACACAUCUUGUUUAUUUAAAUCGCACACAUUGAUGACCGUUGCUCGAAAUCUGUCCAAAUAAAUAAUAAUAAAUAGCCUAACGACUCGAUAAUUAAUUGUAUUUUCAAUUGCAAGAUGUGAGAGGUCAGUGGAAAGAUUAUACAGCUGAUCAAUUAAUAAUUGUUAAAGACACGAGAUACUGUGAUACUUUUACGUACGUAUUUUAUUAUUUUUUUUUCUAGUUUCAUAAAAAAUUGAAAAUCUCGAUUGUUUUUUUUUUGAAUAUUGGUUAAUUGUUGCUUAUCCGUUUCGACGAAAUUUGUCUCGUAUAUUAUCAUAAAUACUUGUGACGGAAAAAAUGUUUAAAAAAUCGUUACCCAGUGCCCUUUUAUGUAAAAUAUGUGCCACAUUCUGUUCUUAUAUACAUGUUAAUGUUAAAUGUAUGGCUCAUGUUUAUAUUUUUUAUAUCGUAACAUUAUUUAUAUUAACGCUCUAGUUCUUAAGUUAAAGAAACUUAAUUAUUGCUACGCUAAAAUGAAAAAAAGUGUAGGUGUUCAUGAAGACAAAAAAUACUUAUAUAUUUUCGUUGUUUAUAGAAAUCCUUCGUACUCUGAAUAUCUGUACUACGUUUCUUUUUAAUUUAUGUAUAAAUAUUAUUUAUUCCUUUACAUACGAUUUUUUUCCUGUUGUGAAAAGUGAUUUAGUUUUAUUUACGAAUUCAACAUUGAGUUUUGCAUGUACAAAACUUUCUAGCUACUUAAUUAUUUAAUUUUGUUUAUUUUGUAUUUAAUUUAAAUCAUUAUUUUAUAAGGAUCCAGAAAAGAAAAGUUCCAUUUUUGCUCAGAUGUUUUGUUAUGAUCAUUUGAUUAAAAUAAAAAAAAUAAACUGUUUUAACCAUU